CAGGGCGUUCUCCAGCUGUACAAAAGCCUCUUGUCUGUGAGCCGGGGAUCAGAGCAGCACAGGGAUGUGCGUGUGCGAGUGUGUGUAGCAAGGCGAGGUGCAGAUAUCCUCUUGGCCAGAUCAUCUCUUGCACAACGCUCUGAUCCUGCUCAGCCCAGCUUUUGUUCUUCCCUUUGCUGCUCCUCCCUAAGCAUGCCUCCAGAGCAGAGCUUCUGAAGAGCCAUUUCCUCCUGCACAUCUCCCUGAAAACAGCUCUCCCCAGGAAGAGGACGUCGCCAGCAGCAUGGUGGGGGUGACCGUGAUGAGGACGUGGAUUGAGCCCGUGGUCGCAGGUUCCCAAGUGGCUAGCGCCUUCUACGACACGGCGCUGCUGCUGGUGGUGAAGAACUACUACAACCAGACCAACGCCACUGCUCCUUCCCAUGUGCUGGAAGAUGCUCAGCAAAAGGCUGUCUCUAACUUUUAUAUCAUCUACAACCUUGUCCUGGGCCUGAGCCCACUGGUGUCAGCAUAUGGCUUGUCCAAGUUGGGGGACAGGAUACAUCGGAAGAUCCCCAUCUGCCUCCCUCUUCUUGGCUACUUGGGUUCCAAAUCUCUCCUGCUCCUCCUGCUCUUGCGGGGCUGGCCGAUCGAGGUGAUGUACGGGGCUGCUGCCUUCAAUGGGCUGAUGGGCGGUUUCACCACGCUCUGGGCAGGUGUCAUGACUCUGGGAUCCCUGGGCUCCUCCGAGAUCAAAAGGUCCCUUCGGCUCAUCAUUAUUGAGCUGGUGUAUGGCCUCUCUGGCUUUCUGGGAAGCAUGGCAUCCGGCUACCUCUUUGUUGGCUUCAGUGACCACUAUCAAGAGGGCACUGUGCUGGUGAGCUGCAGCAUCGCUUGUUAUGCUUUCUGCCUCCUCUACAGCAUACUUGUCCUGACAGUCCCCAAGCCAGCAGCUUCCUGCCCAGCCAAACCCAAGAGUGCAGAGGAGGUAAGCAGCCAGCUACCAGGCCACACAAAGAACAGCAACUCCACUCCAGUAUCACCCUCGAAACUCAUCCUCACUAUGCUGUUUAUGGCAGCAAUCCUCUAUGACCUUGCUGUGGUUGGUGCGAUGAACGUACUCCCACUCUUCUUGCUCAGGGAGCCUUUAAGUUGGAAUGCUGUGCAAAUUGGACAUGGCAAUGCUGCUGGGUAUGUGAUCUUCAUCACCAGCUUCCUAGGUGUAUUUGUGUUCUCCAAAUACCUGAAGGAUAUAACCAUGACAAUGAUCGGAGUGGUAUCCUUCAGUGCUGGCAUCCUCAUCAUGGCCUUCGUUAGGUGGACAUUCCUUUUCUACAUUGCACGGGCAGUGAUGCUCUUUGCCCUCAUCCCUUUACCAACCAUCAGAUCCAUGUUAUCCAAGCAUGUUGAAGGAUCAUCUUAUGGUAAAGUGUUUGUCCUGCUGCAGUUGUCUUUAGUCACCACAGGAGUAGUGACAUCUACAGUCUACAACAAGAUCUAUCAAAACACACUGAACUGGUACAGCGGCUUCUGUUUCAUCUUGUCUUUUCUAGUUGGCUGCCUGACUCUCCUCCCUUUGAGCAUCGUGGCCAUCAAACAACGUUCAACCACUGGCUCCCUUCAGAUUCUGACCGACUGACAGAGGCUGUACCAGCUAAAGCCUCUUUUGGUGUUAAUCAACUCUUCAACUUACCAAAAUGGAAAACUUGCCAAGCAUUAGUCACCACAGUUAUCAUGAUGGGAAGCAUCUCAAUUUGUGUUUCCAUUUCACAGCAUGCCACAGGCUUUCAGCCAGUGAACUCACCCAGGACAAAGAAGUUUGCCUUGUUAUUUCUGCAGUACAUCAUCUUACAGAGUACAUGUACUGGCUGUUGAACACCAGCAGUCUUCACAGCAUUUCAUUUUUCUGCUAGGCUGGUUAGCAAUUAUGCUGAGGGACAACAGGGUAGAAAUGAAAAUGGCAUUUCUAGACACAUCAAUCAGUGUGGAAGUGGAAAGCAGAGGAUCAAUUUUUCAUUAGUUCCUUCCCAUCUGUUCAUUAGGAAACCUCAGGGCUCUGUGCCUUCAGCUGAUGAAGCAGGGGCCCACGAGCCACAUGCACACAGUUGUCAGCAGGACACACUUGUUCUCCAACUGCUACAGAAGAUGGGUCAGCCUGGCCAAUCAAUGUUUUAGAGAUUACUGAACACAGAAACACCACUGUAAAAAACAUUAAAUGUAAGAUUAAGACACUUUUAGUAAUUCUCUACAAUAAAACACUCCUGAACA